AUGUUGCAAGCGUUUUUAGACUGGGCUUUGGAAUGGAAAGGGAAGGAGCACGUCUAUUUGCCAGAGUUCGUGAGACAUUUUGGUCUCCUCAACCGAGAUGCAGCAACUAAAUCUUUCCAGGAGCUCAUUCAACAUUCUUGUAUUCCUAAAAAACGUCGGGAUGAUAUUCAAGAGGCGUAUAGGUUUUUUCAGGAACACCAUAGGGAAGCGUUUUGGGCAAAUCGUGCUAUGAAGCACAGUACAACGAUGACAUCAAAGCAAGCAGUUAUUAGUACAAACGCAAUCAUUUCAGCCAGUUUAGAUUCAAUAUCUCGUGGUGUGAAAGAGGAUGAUACGUUGAGUUUUGUUGGUAUUCCCGCGAUCAAACUCACUGCUGAUCAAGAAGAAUCCAGUCCAGAAGCAUCGUCGCACCAGCCAAAGAGACGCAGGGAAGAAUCCAGUGAUUCUCUGGCCACAGAAGAAGAUCCUGUUGACCGUCUAUUAAUGUGUUUACCACAGCCUAUGUCAGCUAUCUUAGGAUCGCAUGGCUGGACGUUUGUUGCUGCUGAAGACGGCCUUGAUAUUGGCGCAAUGUUUGGUAAUUACUAUCGAAAAUGUGCCAAUUCUGUUUUUAAAGCUAGCUAUCCUGAGGACGCACUAGCUUUAAAUGCGACGCUGCUAAUAAGGGAAGACCCAACUCCUCUUCAGCUGGAGUGUUUUGGUGAAGAGUUUUUCGAGAGAUUAAAGAAUCGGUUUAAAAAUCGCAUACCAACUAUCGAAAUUUCAAACGAACGAACACUCAUUAGGAACUGGAUGGAUAACUUAGUAGACAAUGAGUGGGACAGUGAUAUUACCUUGAAUCAUUUGGAGAACUCCAAGGUGACGGUGAAACUUUGUCCACUGAAAAGAUAUCUAGUUUAUGCCUUAUCGGAAUUUGAGCAUUUUCAGAAGCCAUCCUAUAGUGAGGCUGAUGGCAUAUCAUCGUUCCUAAUGCCGCUGCUGCGCAAAUUCUACCAUGUCCAAGGCAGCGCUAGACUCGCAUACACAAAUAACUCGUCCAGGACCAGUAUAUAUCACAGACGAAUCCUUGACUUGGAAACCAAAACAUGUGGCCAGCCCGACCUCACAACAAGAAGUAAAAGGGAUAUCGAGCUUUUUUUUGCAGAGGCCGCAGGAGUGAUGUGCCAUGAUACAUCGAAGCAAGCUGGAGAUUUGGUCCGACUUGGAGUAUAUGGAAAGAAUGCUAUUGAUCAAGUGGACGACAUCUAUGACACAUCAAUUACUGUCACGUUAGCACAUGUUGUUGGCCGUAAUGUCACGAUGUACAUACAGUUUCCAUUAGGGACAAUGUACAUCAUGUUAAAAGUUGGAGCAUGGAAAAUACCAGAUUCGCUAGAGACCUUAGGAGGACUUGCACAAGAUAUUGGCUGCAUUGUGAAGACUUCCUCGGUCUUUCAUGAGCAAUUGAAAUUGCUGUCGACGAGGGUUGCAAAUAAGAGCGGUAAAACAAAGGACCACUUUCCCUCUAUCAUUACCCCUCAUGCAAAGAGUGCUUUAAAACAAUGA